AUGGAUGCGAUCUCCAAGGUCUUGAAGGUCCGCGACGACGGGACUGAUGAGUUCCUCAAACUCAUUCAGAAUCCCUUUCAGUCUUCUUUCGCUACCACUGCCAUCUGGACCUCGCUCGGUACCUCGCUCGGCGUCACAGUCCUCCUCGCCCUCCUCUUUUCCCUCAUCCGACCUCGUCACUCGCUGGUUUACGCACCCAAGGUUAAGCAUGCAGACCUCAAACACGCUCCACCGCCAGUGGGCAAAGGGUUCUUUUCCUGGGUCAAGCCCGUACUCAACACACGGGAAGCCCAACUCGUCGAAACCGUCGGACUGGACGCCGCAAUCUUCCUGCGCUUCACUAAGAUGUGCCGCAACAUUUUUAUCCUGCUCAGCAUCAUCGGCUGCCUCGUUAUGAUUCCGAUCAACGUCACUAAAAGCAAAAGCACCGGCGACGGAACCACCCAGUCCAAAUUUGCCUUGUUGACGCCCGUCAACGUGUAUGGCACACCAAUCUGGAGUCAGGUUGUUUGUGCCUGGGCAUUCGAUAUAAUCAUCGCAUUCUUCUUGUGGAGGAACUACCGUGCCGUGCGGAAUCUGCGCAGACAAUAUUUCCAGAGCUCUGAAUACCAGCGCAGUCUGCAUGCCCGAACUCUCAUGAUCACCGACAUCCCACCCGCCGAUCGCACCGAUGAGGGAAUCCUGCGACUGACCGAUCAGGCGAACCCAACCGCCGCCAUUCCCCGCGCUGCGAUUGGACGAAAUGUUAGGGAUUUGCCUCGCAUCAUCAAGGAGCACGAAGAAGCAGUCCGAGAGCUCGAAUCUGUCUUGGCCAAAUAUCUGAAGAACCCAGACCGAAGGCCCGCAAAACGACCCAUGACACGCCCUGCUCGUAGCCAGCGAAGCAAAUACACUGGUGGAAAGGUAGAUGCGAUCGAUUACCUGACUGUGCGAAUUCGGGUGUUGGAAGAGGAGAUCAAACACGGCAGAGCUUCGAUUGAUCGCCGGAACGCCAUGCCUUAUGGAUUCGCUAGCUGGGAGAAUAUCGAGCAUGCGCACGCUGUGGCGUGGAAGGCUCGUCGCAAGUCUCCGCAGGGAACGGUCAUCAGUCUUGCGCCGCGGCCUAGCGAUCUUAUCUGGGAGAACCUGCCUCUUUCCAAGGGAGCGCGCAAGUGGAAGCGUUUCAUGACUUUCAUUUGGGUUGCUUGUCUGACAUUGGUGUGGGUUGUUCCUAACGGCUUGAUCGCUAUUUUCUUGGCCAACUUGAACAACCUGGGUCUUGUCUGGCAUGAUUUCCAGACUUCGUUGAACGCGAACCCGACUGUGUGGGCUGCCGUUCAGGGUAUUGCCUCACCUGCGCUCACUUCGUUGGUUUAUUUGGUGCUGCCGAUCAUUUUCCGUCGUCUUUCUAUCAAGGGUGGUAGUAAGACCAAGACUUCGCGAGAGCGUCAUGUCUUGGGUCAUCUUUACGCUUUCUUCGUGUUCAACAAUCUGAUCGUCUUUUCCCUUUUCUCGGCUGCUUGGACUUUCGUCGCUACCGUUGUUGAAAAGACCAACACCGGUCAUGAGAACGCUUGGCAAGCCAUUGUUGACAGUCGGUUCUACGCUACGCUGAUCUCUGCGCUCUGCAAUGUGUCGCCGUUCUGGGUGACGUAUCUUUUGCAGCGAAACCUCGGUGCUGCUAUCGAUCUUGUUCAGUUGGUCAACAUGGUUUGGGUUUGGUUUGCUCGAACGUUCCUCUCACCGACACCUCGACAGUCCAUUGAAUGGACUGCGCCGCCACCGUUCGAUUAUGCCAGUUACUACAACUACUUUCUCUUCUAUGCUACUGUUGCUCUCUGCUAUGCAACCCUGCAGCCGAUUGUGUUGCCAGUGACGGCCUUGUACUUUGGUGUUGACGCCAUGCUAAAGAAGUACCUACUGAUGUACGUCUUUGUUACCAAGAACGAAUCCGGUGGCUCAUACUGGAGAGUCUUAUUCAACCGAUUGAUCUUCGCCACAAUCCUCGCCAACGUCAUCAUUGCUUUCGUUGCCAAGUCCAACGGCUCCUGGACCAUGGUGUAUUGCGUCGCGCCCCUGCCCUUCCUCAUGAUCGGUUUCAAGAUCUACUGCAUGAAGACCUUCGAUGCCGACAUCGAAUACUACAACCGCGCCAACCUCACAGACGCCGAGGCCCUGGGCACCCAAAAGUCCAGCAAGAAGGCUGCCGAACGUCUCAACUCCAAAUUCGGCCACCCAGCCCUCUACAAACCUCUGAUGACACCAAUGGUACACGCCAAGGCCGCAGAAGCCCUCAAGGAAAUCUACCAAGGCCGUCUCGACCAAGGAGACACAGGCGGCGAAUACUCAGACAUAGCAAUGAACCCCAUGCUCGCCUCCCAACCCGGAAAAGCAGAACCAGCCCCAUUCGAAGUCGUCCCCGAAAACCACCUGGACUUCUCCUACUUCAAGGACCGCGCCGACUUCCGCGACGAAUUCGGAGGCGGCAUCUACGGCCGCCCAGAAGACCUGAUGACCGAACGCUCCCAAACCCCACGCUCCCACCUAGGCGGCGAAUGGUCGCCCAGCCUUAUCCACCCUGCCUUCCGGGUUCCCCUUUCCCGGGGCCAAAGCAGCUCCUCCGUCCCCGGUGUCUAUAACCCCAUGGACGAGAGCGAGUCUCACCUUCUCAGCCAUGCCCAGACCCCUGCCCAGACGGAUGUCAACCCGCUUGAUCGCUGGCGCACGCGUGGCUAUGGCCCCGUUGAGCAGGAGGAUGAGCCGAGCUUUACUUCCUAUGAGGCUUAUCGCUCGCAGCGGUAG